AUGCUUGAUCCUUCUGUCUACCUACAAGCCCAGGGCUGGCAAGUGGGUAAAGGCUUGAAGCAUAAUUCUAUCAGCAGACCGAUCCCUGCACCAAGGAAACGCGAUCUCAAUGGGAUUGGCAGGGAUAGAGACGAUGGCCAUUUAUUCCAUUCUAGCCUUUUCGAUGCUGCAGCCAAAGCUAUUCAGAUUAAGGUUGAUGAUUCUGAUGACAGCGACAGCGACAAGGACAAGGACAAGGACGCAGACACACCUCAGUCACUCAACAUAUCACGUACUUCCACUGGUAUUCUCUCUACUCGUACUCCCUCCUCUGCCCCAUCCAUCCCCGCCUCUCAAGUAGCCUUUGGUCAGGCCAAACAGUCGUUAGCCAAGCGCAAGUUGUACAGCAGGUUUACUCAAGGACAGACUUAUAAUGGCGGCGAACUACAAUCUUUUUUACGAGAACAAGAUGAUUCUAAGCAGCGCGUUCCUCCUCAGGUCCACAACAAAAAGAAACGGAAAGCUAAGGCACGUAAGAAUGAAAAGAGUGCCUGGCUUGAUUUACUAUAG